CGCAUCCAGCGGCACUGCGGGAAGGUGCUGCUCGCCGGGCUGCUGCUCUUCGGCGCGCUGGCCCUGGGGCUCCGGGCCGCCGCCAUCGAGACCGACCUGGAGCAGCUGUGGGUGGAAGCUGGCAGCCGUGUCAGCCAGGAGCUCAGGUACACGAAAGAGAAGCUGGGGGAAGAAUCCGUCUACACGUCCCAAAUGCUGAUCCAGACCCCAAAACGGGAAGGGGAGAACGUCCUCACCCAGGAGGCGCUGGAGCUGCACCUCGAGGCGGCACUGGCAGCCAGCAAGGUGCAAGUCUCGCUGUAUGGAAAAUCCUGGGAUUUGAACAAAAUCUGCUACAAAUCCGGUGUCCCGAUCAUUGAGAAUGGCAUGAUCGAGCGGAUGAUCGAGAAGCUUUUCCCCUGUGUGAUCCUGACCCCUCUGGACUGCUUUUGGGACGGCGCCAAGCUGCAGGGAGGCUCCGCCUACCUCCCGGGGCGGCCGGACAUCCAGUGGACGAACCUGGACCCCGUGCAACUGCUGGAGGAGCUGGGCCAGUUCACCUCGCUGGAGGGCUUCCGGGAGCUGCUGGACAAGGCGCAGGUGGGACAGGCCUACGUGGAGCGGCCCUGCCUCAACCCCCGCGAGCCCGCGUGCCCUGCCAGCGCCCCCAACAGGCCGAGCCAGCAGGACCCCGACAUCCCUGCCGAGCUGACGGGGGGCUGCCACGGCUUCUCCCGGAAAUUCAUGCACUGGCAAGAGGAGCUGAUCCUGGGUGGCACCACGAAGGACCCACAGGGCAGGCUGCUGAGCGCUGAGGCCCUGCAGAGCAUGUUCCUGCUUAUGAGCCCGCGGCAGCUCUACGAGCACUUCAGGGAUGACUACGAGAUCCAGGACAUUGGCUGGAGUGAGGAGAAGGCGGCUGCCAUCCUGGAGGCCUGGCAGAGGGAGUUUGUUGAGCUGGCUCAGGAGUCCCUCCCGCAGAACAGCUCCCAGCGUGUCCACGCCUUCUCCACCACCACGCUCAGCGAUAUCAUGAAGUCCUUCUCGGACGUGAGCGCCAUCCGUGUGGCCGGGGGCUACCUUCUGAUGCUGGCAUAUGCCUGCGUGACCAUGCUGCGCUGGGACUGCUCCAAAUCUCAGGGGGCCGUGGGCUUGGCCGGUGUCCUGCUGGUGGCCCUCUCCGUGGCGUCAGGACUCGGGCUCUGCUCGCUGCUGGGAAUCUCCUUCAAUGCAGCCACCACCCAGGUGCUGCCGUUCCUGGCCCUGGGCAUCGGGGUGGACGAUAUGUUCCUCCUGGCUCACGCCUUCACCGAGACCAGCCAGCACAUCCCCUUUAAGACCCUGGCUCCCCAGCAGGCUCUGCGCCCCGUGUCCCCGCAGGCUGCCGUGGUGGUGGUGUUUAACUUCGUCAUGGUGCUGCUCAUCUUCCCGGCCAUCCUCAGCCUGGAUCUGCACCGACGCCAGGACCAGCGGCUUGACGUCUUGUGCUGCUUUUACAGCCCGUGCUCCUCCCGUGUCAUCCAGAUCCAGCCGCAGGAGUACGCCGACGCCAGCGAGAACCACGCCUCUCGCCCCUCGCCAUACGGGCACCCGGCUGUGGCCACCAGCACCCAGAUCACCACCACAGUGCAGGCCUUCGCCCGCUGCGACCCCUCAGGCCGGCACGUUGUCACCAUCCUGCCGCCCACCGCCCAGGUCUGCACUGCGCCACUGGCUCCCGCCGACCCGCUGGGCUCCCAGCUGUUCGCCCCGGCCAGCUCCACCCGCGACCUGCUGGCCCAGCUGGACGGGGCCAAGGGGGGCCGGGAGUGCGUGCCGCUGCCCCUGUGCCGCUGGAAUCUGGCUGACUUCGCCAGGGAGAAGUACGCCCCCCUCCUGCUGCAGACUCAGACCAAGGGUAUCGUGGUGCUGCUGUUCCUGGCGCUGCUGGGCCUCAGUCUGUAUGGCAGCACACUGGUGCAAGACGGGCUGUACCUGACGGACAUCGUGCCGCGGGGCACCAAGGAGCACGCCUUCAUCGCCACCCAGUCCAAGUACUUCUCCUUCUACCACGUCUUCAUCGCCACCAAGGGCGGCUUCCACUACCCCAGCUCCCAGGAGGCGCUGUACGGCCUGCACCGGGCCCUGGGCGCCCUGCAGCACGUGGUGCGCGACCAGGCCCGCCAGCCGCCCCGGAUGUGGCUGCACUACUUCCAGGACUGGCUGCAAGGCCUGCAGGCCGCCUUUGACAAGGAGUGGCAGGCCGGGCGCAUCACCCGUGACAGCUACCGGAACGGCUCCGAGGACGGCGCGCUGGCCUACAAGCUGCUCAUCCAGACGGGUGACAAGAAGGAGCCGUUCAACUACAAUCAGCUCACCACACGCCGCCUGGUCGACGAGAACGGCAUCAUCCCCCCAGAGACCUUCUACAUCUGCCUGACUGUGUGGGUGAGCAAUGACCCGCUGGGCGUCGCCGCCUCCCAUGCCAACUUCUACCCCCCGCCGCCCGAGUGGAUCCACGACAAGUACGAUGCCACUGGCGAGAACCUGCGAAUCCCCGCAGCCCAGCCCCUGGAGUUCGCCCAGUUCCCCUUCUACCUGAGCGGCCUGCGCCAGACUGCGGACUUCGUGGAAGCCAUCGAGAGCGUGCGGGCUGUGUGCGAGGAGGCGGCCCGGGAGCGCGGCGUGGCCAGCUACCCCAGCGGCUACCCCUUCCUCUUCUGGGAGCAGUACAUCGGCCUGCGCCACUGGUUCCUGCUGGCUGUCAGCAUUGUGCUGGCCUGCACCUUCCUGGUGUGCGCCGUGCUGCUGCUCAACCCCUGGACCGCUGGCAUCAUCGUGGCCGUGCUGGCCAUGAUGACGGUCGAGCUCUUUGGGAUCAUGGGGCUGAUGGGCAUCAAGCUAAGCGCCAUCCCAGCCGUGAUCCUCAUCGCCUCGGUGGGCAUUGGCGUCGAGUUCACCGUCCACGUGGCCCUGGUGAGUCGGGUGGGGGCGCCUGGGAGACGGAAAUUGCUAGCAUUGGAGCACCGGGCCGCCCCCCGGGCCGCCUCAUCCACACUGCUGGGUCUACUCAUGCGCGGCUCCGAGUUCGACUUCAUCCUGAGGUAUUUCUUUGCCGUGCUCACUGUCCUGACUGUCUUGGGCCUCCUGAACGGCCUGGUGCUGCUGCCCGUCCUGCUGUCAGUCAUCGGGCCCCCGGCCGAGGUCAUCCCAGCCGAUAAUGGCAGCCGCCUGCCGUCACCAGAGCCCAUCCCCCCACCCAUCAGCCAUCACGGCUUCUACGUGCGGCCGCCCCAGGCCUGGCCCGGUGCCUUCGCGGACUCCCUGGACUCGCAGUACUACUUGGAGAGCACUGCGGGCUCGGGGCUGACCCACCCCCAGCCCUACGACCCCGGCACCUACAUCCUGCCGCCCACCCCGGCCCGGGUCCUGGUGCAGGCCAGCAAGAAUCCCAGCUUCCCCACCAUCACGGUGGUGAAAACCUACCAGGAGAACCAGGAGCCGAUGGGGAAGAAAGAGCCACUGAGCACCAGCCAGCCCCAGUCUCUGCCUGCCAGCGACUCCCUCCCAUCGGCCGGCCCAGAUCUCAGGGACUUGCCUCAGCACAGACUGCCCCGGCCCGGCCCCCCGGGUGCCAGGACUGCCCCGCACGGAGCACCCCGGCCCCUGCGGACUGCCCUCCCCAUCUACAGCGGCAGCUACACCACGGUGACAGCCAUGGCUUCUGUGACGCUGGCCCUGCACACCCCCCUGCCGGGCUCUCUGCAGGGUUACACCCAUGACAGCUACGAGGACAGCAAGUCGGACUGCCCGGAGCCCAGCCCGCCCGCCUGCUGCACCCCCGGCUCCACCGCACCCAAGACCCUCACACUCCACCACCUGGGACGGGCAGACGGCUCCGCGAGGCCCUAGGUUGUCCCGGGAAGCGCCGUGGUUCCUAGCCGACGCCUGCCAUGCGUCUGGAUCCAGCGCCCAUGUCCAGUGAAUGGGCAGAGCAGAGAAGAGACGCUGAGAGCACUGGCACCCUUGCGUGGAUGCCAGCUGAACACUGAGCUGGAGCGAGCUGUUGGACUUGUGACCUGCGCCAGGCACUGCCAGCAGGGGCAGUGCCCAUGGGCGGGGGCAGGAGCAGGGCUGCCGCCAUCCCUGCAUUGUGCUGCUAUUCCCCAAUGAUUAAUGAUUAUUAUUUUAUGUGUAUUGCUCUGUGCUGGGCUGGAGACCUCACCUGGCAGCGCCCCCUGACCCCGCAGCAGGAGGUGGCUGGGCUGGGCUGGCGGGGGGCUGCUGCCCAGGGGGGAGCACAGCUGGGCCUUUUGGUGAAUCGCUGCAUCGAGGUUUCUAUGCAAGGUGUGUGUGGCUGGGCGAAAUGACGCCCCCAGCCUGGCCCGGGGUCUCGGUUUGUAUCCCCCCUCCCCCUCCUCCUCCCCCUCCCAGACCAGGUGUCUUUUCUGCACCCUAGGAGCUGCAGCACUAACGCCGGCCCCUUACCACUUUGGGGGCAGCUGCGAGCUGGAGGACCAGCCUGGGGAGCCUUGGCAAAGGAGCUAGAAUCCCGCCCCCGUGCCCCUCAGCCAUUCCCUCUCCCCAUUGACCCCAGCUGUCCCCCACUCCGCUGUUCCCUUGUCCUGGAGCUCUGCACCCCGCACUGGCAUAUGGGGGGCGGGGGGCUCAGCGGAUCCUUGGGCAUGAGGUGGGGCCGUGCCUUGCUACCCUGCCCCCAGCACUGAGUCGUGAGGCUCCCCGGGAGACCAGGGUGGGGAGCAGCUGUGUCUGGGAAGGGGCCCAGCAACCCCCCUGCAGGACGUUGAGAUGCCAGCCCCAGUGGGGAGACAUGACCCCUCCCCAGCCUGGGGCAGGGGGCUGAGCUCUGGCCCAGGGGGUGCCCUGGACUCAAGCCAGGGGCUGGAACAGGGGCCAUGUGCCCCCACCUGGGGAGACGGGAACGGUCUCGACUCUAGUCAGUGAAAAGGGAAAGUCAUGUUUGAAGGAAAGGUUGUUUUCUCACUGAAUCCUGACACCAGCAGGGCCCAGAUCCAGCAAGGCCUAGCAGCUAGAGCACGGGCCUGGGCCUCAGAACACCUGGCUUUUCCUCCCCACUCCUUGGGAAAAGCCCCUCCUCCCUUCCUGCCUCAGUUUCUCCAUGGGGACAAUGCUACCCACCCUCCUUUGUAAACGGCUGUGAGACCAAAUUGUGAGGGCUCCUCCCGUGGGUUUGAUGGCCGGGGUGAGGGGGGGGGUCCUGGCAGGAAGGGGGUCAGGGAAAGGAGGAGAUCUGGGGCAAAUUGGAGGGGGAUGUGCCCCCCCCAUACAGGCCCAUCCAAGGCCUAGGUAUUGCCUAUGUCUCUCUUGCACCCUUUAUGAUCUUGAUGCUGCCCAACAGAAACUGAUGGGCGGGGGAGGGAUGUAUUCCAAAUAGCGCCCCCACCCUCGUGUGAUCGCACAACUCCCCUGCACGACCGCACACCCACCUGUGCAGUUGCAGCCAGAUCAGAGAGCCUUUGAAAAACAGGAACCUACCCUGCCCACUAGGCUGAGCUUCCUGCCCCCCACCCCCCGCCGGCCGGGCCCCGAUCCUGCAGCCGGGGCCACUCUCUGGAGGCAGGCAGGGAUCAGUUGGCUCCUGGGGGUUUAGUGUGGAAUCGCUGGCGCUUGCCUCUCUCUUCCCUGGCACUUUAACCACUCCCCCCAAGCCCCAGGGCCCCUAUCAGCCCUUUCCUGUGGGGU